AUGAGCUCUCCGGGCGGGCCGGAAGUGGACCAAGAGUCGCCGGAGCGCCUGGUGGUGGUGCUGUACGCACUAGCGACGGGGUGGAGAUGCAAGAACACGUGCAUCGCCGACUCGGGCAAGCGGGAACGGCGUGGGAUCAGCAGGCGCAGACGCGCGGGCAGCGCGAGGACGAGCUACAGUUCAAGUGGUGCGGGAGGAGAGCGCUCCGGGAGGAGCAUGCGGGUGCAGCAUGAAGACUUAGAGGCAGCCGACCGCGUGGCAGCAGGUGCUGCGGAGGCUGCGGUGCAGACGGAAGACCACAUCCCCGAGGAGACGACGAAGGAGAAGACCGAGAAGGCCGCGACGAAGGAAGAGGCUCUUGCGACAACAGCAAGGCGGCCGGCUUGUCCGCGGAUGCCAACGGCGCUGUGA